GCGAGGCGAGAGGCGGCGGAGGCGGACCAAGCUCGGGCGCCUGGCUGCUCCACGCCAGCAGCCCAGCGCGGUUGCCAGGCGCGCCCUGGGCUUGAGGCCCUUCGAGGGCUGAUCGAUCCAGCCGAGCUGUCGAGCCUGGGACUGCCAGCCAUUGGCUCCCUCCUCGCCCGCUGCGCCCCCCUCAGGGCGUCACCGGGGGUCGGUUGCAGCGCGGCGGCCUCGCACGGCCGCGGCUCCAUGCCGAUGGCCGUCGGGAGAGAGAGCGGGUGGAGCGAGGAGCGCAGGCAGACUGCAGCCCACAGGCAGCUCGAGCGCGAGGGAGACGACGUGGGCCGCCACCGAGCCCACCCUGUCCCUGACGGGCUGGAGGUCUGGCUCGAGCUGGCCAUGCGAGCGCUUAACACCACGUGGUCGGCACGGCGCUCUUGCUGGCCAGGCGACGCAUCCAGCGGAGUCAAGAGGAAAGGCGUGAAGCCGAGUGGCACCCAGGCCCAAAAGUUCUGGAACCUGGAGAGGACGGUCGAGUCUUUCCUGGCAGCAGGCCCGAAGUUGCCAGAGCAGACCGCCGCCGCUUUCCUGACGUCCAGGCAGGUCACCUACACCGGGGAGGUCGUCAGGAAGGCAGAGGACCUCUCAUGGUCACGAGUGCUGCCGAGCUUGCCGCCGCUUGCGCGAUGUGCAUCGCUGGACGUAAUGUCCCUGUGCGGCACCAGGAUGCAGGAGUGGUUCAGUCGACCCGAGCUCGCGUUGGCGCCGCUGGAGUCAGUCAGCGAGAGACCACGUCCAGGCCGGGUGAUUUGCGAGCCGCCGUCGCGCAUUCCCCUAGGGAGAGGUCUCCUCGAACGUGGGCUGGCGGUGCCGCUUCGAGAGCAGGACCUCAUCACAGUGGCGGGGCAGCCCCUUCUGAACGGGCUCUUCGGGGUCCCGGAGGGAGAGCCCUCGCCGAAUGGUGACCCUGGGACCUUGAGGCUCAUCAUGAACUUGACGGCGACCAACUCCCUCACGGUCGACUUCGAGGGGUACAUUGCGGCGCUUCCCUACUUCGCACAGUGGCGCUCGCUCAUCAUCGGCCCAGGUGAGGAGCUCACGUGGUCUUUCGACGACCUCAAGGGCGCCUUCUACCUGUUCAAGCUCCCAAAGUGCUGGGCGCCGCUGUUCGCGUUCGACGUCAAGUGCACGCCUCAGGGGCUCGGGCUGCAGGGGCACUGGCCGAGCAGCGUCUACCUCGGGGCGGCGAGGGAGAUCCGCAAGGACCGCGGAGUGCCAGCCUUGCGAGUUGGGGGAGGCAUGCGCGAUGUCUGGCAGGUGCAUUGCGACGACGCCGACUACGCGGAGAAGGUCGAGCGGCUCGCGUGCGAGCCCCACUCCGCCGAGGGGAGUCAAGUUGAGGAGGGCGGUGACGAUGGGCGCUUCGCCCAGGCGGCUCGCGCCAAGCACCGCGCCCUCGAUGUCCCUCUCAGCGAGAAGAACGGCACCAGAGUCAGCCACUGCCAGCGCCUGGGCGCCUGUGUUGAUGGCCGUGACGGGAGCGUCGCUGUCCCCGCGGCUAGAGCAGGGCUGGCGGUGCAGCUGGCGCUGUACCUGCUGUGCUCCAAGGUCAGCAGGAAGGACGUGCAGGUGGUGGCAGGGCACUGGUGCCACCUCGACUGCUUCCGUCGGGAGUGCUCCUGCGUCUUCACGCGCGUCUGGAAGCUGAUCAACGCCUGGACAGGGCCGCCGCGGCAGUAUCUGUCUCCAGCUGUGAGCGCGGAGUUAUUCCUGGCGCUCUGCCUCCUCCCGUUGCAUCAGUUCGAUCUGAGAUGCCCAGUCUCCCCGAUGGUCACCUGCAGUGACGACUCGGUCGGACUUGUGGAGCUCUUCAGCGGCAUCGGGGGCGGCGGGAUGGCCUGCGACCGCCUGGGGAUUGAGGUCGCCGUCCACGCCGCCGCAGAGCUGCUGCCCGAAGCUCGGCGCGUCAGCCAUCAGCAGUGGCCGUCAGCGAUAGAGCUCGGAGGCGUGACCAAGAUAACGCUGAAUACCAUCAAGGCCGUGAUGUCGAAGGCGCCCCACUUGCGCGUCGUGUUCGUGCUAGGGGGGCCCCCGUGCCAGGGAGUCGCCCGCAUCAGCGCCUUUGGGCAGGGUUGGGCCGAGGACCGCACGCGACUGGUGCAAGAGCUACCUCGCGUAGCAGGCCUUGUGCGAGCCGCCCUCCCCGAUGUCCAGGUAUUCGCCCUGGGCGAGAACGUCAGCUCGAUGACGGCCGCCGACAGGGGAAGAUUCAGCCAGGUCAUGGGAGUCGUGCCCGUGGAGCUCUGUGCCAGCGGGCGCAGUCCGGUCAAGCGGCCGAGGCUCUACUGGGUCGACUGGCCGCUCGGGCCCGAGACCUCAGAGUUCCAGUGCCAGCAGAAGGGCGAGGUCAUCGAGGCAGUGCUCACUGGCAGCUGGCCGAGUUGGGCAGAGCAGCUCGAGCAGGGUGCGCGCCGUCCGCGGGGAGAGAAGGGAGCCUGGGCCACUCUUGUGCGCUCCAUCCCUCGCGAGAGGCCGCCACCUUCCCCAGCGGGGCUGGGAGUGACCGACCAGGCUGCGCGCGAGCGCUGGGCGGCGGACAAGUACCGCCACCCGCCGUGCCAGUGCCGCAGGGACAACUUGGUCGAGGCCUCCCGUGCUUCGGCGAGGACUUGGGAGUCGGGCGCCAAGCACAAGCUCCGACCUCUGACCAGCAGAGAGCGGGCUGUGCGCCUAGGGUUUCCCUGGAACCAUUGCAGCUGGGCCGUGCCCAAGUCCGAGUCGGGGUCGAUCGACGAGGACGUCAAGUGCUCUCUGCUGGGUAUCUCCUUCUCAGUCCCGGCGACCCCCGAUCAAGUGCACCGCGCCCUUUGCGAGUCACUUGUGCGGAACGCCAUCUUCAAGGGCAGCGACGUGCGCGCCGCGACGAGAGGUCUCAACGAUUCUUGGAGACUGUUCGGCACCUGGUCUAAGACCGAAAUCCCUUCCCGUGCUCGGCCGCUGUUGCCUAAGCAGGCGCUGGCGAUGGCAGGCUUUGCACUGGAGGAUGGAGACAAAGCGACAGCUGCGGCAGUAGUAGUGCGCUUCAACGGCAUCUUUCGCCCCGCCGAGUGCAUGUUGACAGCUGGGCAAUGCACCUUUGACCUGGACCCUGGCGUGGUGCACCUCAACCUCGGUUUCACCAAGGGAGGUAAGAGGUCAGGCACCGCCGAGCGCGUCACCAUCGACGAGCUCGAGGCUGUUGUGCUCCUUGCCGAGCUUUUGCAAGGACGCCCAGCUGGCACCCAGCUGUACCCCCGCGGCACGGGCGGCUUCCGCCGUGCCUUCAGGAGACUGGCCCAGUCCAUUGGGGCCGACCCUGAUAGGUACCAGCCGUGCUCGCUGCGCCGGGGAGGGGCCGCCCACCACUUCAAGAUCCUGGGAAGUCUCUCCAAGACAUGUAUUCGCGGCCGUUGGAGGCACCAGCCCACGGCUCGCAUUUACAUACAGGAUGGCGUGGCCAUGCUGGAGCGCCACGGCCUCAGCGCGAAG